CAGUUCGAAGUCCACUUUCACUACGUUAGUCAUGUGCACAACUAAACAUCGUGAGAACGAAGCUUCAUUAGCGCAUGUUUAAAAACUAAUAAGCGAAAUGUAUCGUCUGCUGCUUAGUUCGUUCAAAUUCUCAUCUAGUUCGACUGUGCUCUGAGCCUGGCGUCUUGCUUUAGAUGAGUGGUUCAAGAUGCUUUCGAUCGCGAUGUUCUUGUGCCUAUGGCUUCCAUUCGUUACAGGGAAGAUGGAAUUUCCCAAUCCUCAAAUAGAAUGGAGAAUGUGCGGUAGGCCAGAGCCGUCUUUCAUUUGCGACCCUGAAUUCAUCUUAGAUCGAGGAAACGUUGAAAGGUUGGAUGAACUGGCAAAUAUGUUUCGUCGGUCAACAACUUGUUUAUGCCCUUCUUGCCCAAGCAAUGCAGGUGUCUCCAUCGGAAUAUUUAUCAGAUCUAAUAUCACUGAAGAGACUCUGAUGCGCUAUCAGACUGGGCGGGCUGUUGCAGAAAUGUUGCGAAAGAGAUGGAAUCUAGGAAAAUGUGAUGAUGACAUUCUAAUUGUCUUACUGACGCAUCAGAACAUUUCAGAUUUCAGCAUGGGUUCUGCUGUACGGAAAAUUCUCUCUGAGCAAACUGCUAUGGAAAUAUUGAAAGAGUGCAGAAUACAUUUUGAUUCUGGGUGGUUCUAUCAAGGUCUUGAAUCAGUUGUAAACUCAUUCAAUGACGUCAUCGUACAAAUACAGAAGGAACAAAAGCAAAGUUACAGAGGUCUGAUGGUUGGAAUAGCUUUAGGCUUUGGUGUGCUCUUAGUCUUAGCAGUAGUAGCUUUCGUAAUUUUACAUUACCAGUCUCGUAUCAGCAAACAAAGAUGUUCGGAUAUAUAUGAGAGUAUGCCAAAGCUGAAUAAUAGCAACAAAUUUUCUGUGGAGAGGGGACAAGAAUACCAACUGCAAAAGCUUAAUGAACCAAACACUAGUGAUGAAGAUGGUGAUGAUAAUUAUGAAGAAACAUCUUACAAUCAAAAUACAUUUACAGCUUCUUCAGUGUUUCAUGCACGGAUGCAAAGGCAAUUAAGUGAUGUUACAGAAGAAUCUUCUGAUGACAGUGAAGUCAUAGUGGAAAAUAGUGACAACAUUUCUCCCAAAUUUUCCCUUCAACCAUCAAAGGAAAACACUCAUAAAAUACCAAUCACUGAACUGUGAUUUAUCUUUUCUUUCUCCAUUAUUCUACAUUUAACAUGUUAAAUGACUGUUUUGAUAUCAGUUUGACUGAUCACACAGUUGCAAGUUAAUACGUUGACUCGUAGAACUAGUUAUGAAGGAUAUACACAGAAAAGGUUCUGUGAGAACUAUUUUGUAGUCUGUGUUCAUAUACAUAAUUGCAUUUGUUACUGUUUGAAAAAAGACAAAUUAAAUAUUUUUUUUGCAUUUG